GCUGUCCAGGCCUGGAUGCCCCUCCUCCCCUGGUCCUCAGAGCCCGCCCACCCAACCCAAACAUUUCCCCAGCAAGGCAUUGACCUUCCUCAGUUGUGCCACCUCAGAGACACUGGGAACCUGGGCCAGAAUCCGACCCAACAUCUGACUCCCUCUUCUCAGACGGUUCCCCGUUUUCUCCUUUCCACUGUUAGAAACAGAUUUGGGCUGGCAUUGGCCUGCGGGGUCCAAACCUGCUGCUGCUGCCUGUGCUGCUGCUCCUGGCCUCAGGGUGCUGUGCCUGAAGAACUUCACAGACACUCAGGACAGACUCUCUUCCUGCAAUGCCGGUACUCACCAAAGACAGGGCCCUAUCAGCCCAAAUCCUGGUGUCAGCAGACGUCGCCAAAUACGUGUACCUUAUUGGCCACCACCUCCAAGACCCAGACGGCAAUUCAGCAGUCUCGUUACAAAAUUUCAGACGAGCCCAACGCUGGCUUCUUCAACAUCACCGUGAAUCAACGGACACAGAAUGACUCGGAUUCUUACUGGUGUGGAAUCUACAACACUUCCAAAAACAUCAUCACUGUUCUCAGAAAUGUCAGUCUGGCGGUGUCUCCAGUCCCAACCACAUCUCCUGUGUGGACCCUCGCCUGGCUCUCAACAAGCACAGUUCUGAUCACUUCUCCAGAGGGGACCUCUGACCAUCCCUCCGUCAAUGGCUCUGAGACCAGGAAAUCAAGGGCUCCCCUCUGCCUUGGCUCAGCUGGCCCCAGACUCCUGAUCUUUGUGCUGUGUGGACUCCUCCUGGCCAUGGGGCUGAUGCUGUGAGUCCCGUUUGUGCUCCUGACCUGCAAGUGCCACUGGACAGCAGUGAUGGAGGUUUCUGAUUGUCCCAGCCCAGCCCUGCCCCAGGGCCCUUGGGCGUGUGAGCCACAGCAUGGAUCCAGGAUGAAUCCCAGUUCUUUCCCCGUCUAGCUAUUGGGAGCCACCCUAAGCAUCAGGUCCCACCUUCCCAUGAGGAAGGGCCAAUGCCAAGCCCGUUGGAGAGAACUUUCAGCCCCGGAUCUCCCUAGUGGUGACCUCUCACCCCUGCACUGAGCCCUCUUACAUCUACUUUCGCUGCCCUGACUUCUGCCAUUGGGAAGACCCUGGCGGGGGUUUCUGCAUCCUGGUCAAUGCCCAGCUCAGCAUCUUCAGCUGCGCCCGGCUCCUCCUCUCCAGCAUUCUGUGGUUCUCUCAGCCCCACCUCAGCAGGUCUCCAGGAUGCCUCACAUUUUCCCUGUUUGUUGCCUGUGCUCUGCCUGAGAGUCCUAUGACUUUCCUUUUGUGCUUAAUUAAAUUCAGCCUCUGAACUGAAAUGUGUCAGGUGCAACUGAGCAAGAGAACAGAUGUAUCCUCUUCCCCUCCCCCCACCCCAGGUAUCCUAAAUGAGAGAGAAGUGACUUAAAAAUAAAUGAUAAAAUUGAAACUAAGAAAGGCUGUAAUUAGCAGACUGGAAACUGAGGAAGUUCUAGAAGUAAAAGAAAAAAUCAGAUGUGUUCAAAUGAUGAGAGCAGUCAAUUCAGCAGCCUAAAACAGGACCAGAACAUCCAAUGGAAUCUUAUCAUUAGGGGCCAAAAAUCUGUUUGUUUAACAUGUGAGGAGACUCAUAGCCUAAAAGUGAAAAAUCAAGCUGAACUAGCAUUAUUGAUGUUGAGUAACAGAUAAAUGUUUUAGGGAAAAAAAAGGAGCACAUAUCUGUGAAGAAGAGGCACAGUCAUUUUUCAACCAGGUAACAUCUAGCAAGGCUGGGAUUGACCACUCAGAAUGGGGGUCCACCAUGAACAACCAAUUUGGGGUACCAGUGCAUAAGCUGAAUGCCAGCCCUAAAGAAGGCUACUGUAAAGGAAGUACCAUUUUCUUUUGCUCUUUUUGGGGAAGGGCAUUGCUAUGGUUUGGUUGCAUCCCUAUCCAAGUCUCUCAUCUUGAAUCGUAGCUCCCAUAAUCCCCACAUGUUGUGGGAGGGACCUGGUGGGAGGUAAUUGAAUCAUGGAGGUAGGUUUUCCCUUCCUGUUCUUCCAUGCUUUCUGCUACCAUGUAAGAUGUGCCUUUGUUCCUCCUUCACCUGCCUCCAUGAUUGUGAGGUCUACCCAACCACGUGGAACUGUGAGUCCAUCAAACCUCUUUUUCUUUAUGAAUUACCCAGUCUCAGGUGUUUCUUCAGAGCAGUAUGAAAAUGGACUAAUAAAGGCAUCAAAUGGAAGUCUCUUCAUGUAUAUCUCAGCUCCUGCCACGUGACCAUCAUCUAUCUUGAAUUUCUCACCUGAAACAAUGGAAGCCAGAAAAAUGUGGCACAACGUUGUGCAAAUGCUAUAAAAGACAACCCAAUUGAAGAAGCAUUUCUCCAAGGAUAUGCAAAUGAGCACGUUGUACAUGCUCAAGGUGAAGAUGCUCAAUAUCAUUAGUCAUUAGGUAACUACAAUUCAAAACUUAGGCACAUCUACCGGAUGGCUAUAAACAGAAAGCCAAUACAAGUGUUGGAGGGAUUGUAGAGAAAGGAGAACACUCAUACAUCGCUGGAGAGGGUGUAAAAGUUGUAGCCACUUGGGAAAACUAUUGGGUAGUUCUUAAAAAUGUUAAAAAAAUAGAGUUGCCAUAUGAUCCAGUAGUUCUACUAUUGGUUAUGUAUUCAAGGGAAAUAAAAACGCACAUGUCCACAUGAAAACUUAUGCAGGAAUAGUCAUAGUAAGACUGUUUCUAACAGCUAAACAGUAGAAACAAAAUAGCUGUCAACUGACAAAUGGUAAACGAGAAACAUAGGUAUCCCUUCAGUGGAAUAUUAUUCAGCCUUUAAAAGGAGUGAGGUACUAAUACAACCUAUAGCACAAGUAUAGCUACAACAUGGACAAGCCUGGAAAGCGUUAUGCUAAGUGAAAGAAUCCAGUCACAAGGAACACAUAUUAUUCAAAUACGUUUUCAUGACAUGUCCAGAAUUGAUAAAUCUAUAAAGGCAAAAAAAUAUUGGUGGUUGCCUGGAACUGCAGGAACGAUGACUGUGGUAAGCUGAUAAAUAAAUGGCUUCUUAAAAAAUAUCUGUGUCCAUAAACUGUGAACUGUUGACCAAAAAAAUCUGUGUCCUAGUCCCUGGAACCUGUGAUUGUUACCUCAUAUGGCAAAAAAAAAAAAA